AUGGAUUUCGAAUUUCAAGAAUCCGAUGUAGUUUUCAACGAUCAAGAUCAAGCAACCCUGGAUCGGAGUAGCGACGAGGACGAACGGGACUACUACAGUUUCCGCAAUACAAUGGUGGUGCCGAUUCUCGACAACUCGUGGACGCAUGGCAAGUCGAAAAUUAGGAAGGUCAAAAAGAAGAGGAUGACGAAUUCGCCGCCAGUCGAUAUCCCGGAAACUUUCAUCCAGCCCCCUGAACCUGGCUAUGCGUUUGAGGAGGGGGACGACGAAGGGGAGGUCGUGCCUCCACACUUGAUCGUCGAGCGGCGCGUGGCCGCGAGGAUGGCGUCCUCGGUGUGCUUCAGCAAUGGGAGGACGCUUAAGGGGAGAUAUUUGAGAGAAGUACGGAAUUCAAUUCUUAGAAUGACCGGCUUUCUGGAGUCAUGA